CAGACUUGGAAUUAUCUCCGCCACACAAGAUCACGCAAUGAGGGCCAUUGUUCUCCUGGUGUGUUUUGCAGUUGCAUCUGCUGCUCCUGCAAAGAGUGAGGAUGAUAAAAUUGUUGGAGGGAAGGAGUGCAAAAGACAUAGCGUGCCCUACCAGGUGUCUUUGAAUGCUGGAUACCAUUUCUGUGGGGGGUCCCUGAUCUCCAGCGAAUGGGUUGUGUCUGCUGCUCACUGCUACCAGUCUCGUAUGCAGGUGCGUCUGGGUGAGCACAACAUAAAGUCAACCGAAGGCACUGAGCAGUUCAUCAGCACCGCCAAAGUCAUCCUCCACCCGAACUACAACAGCCAGAGCCAGGACAACGACAUCAUGCUGAUCAAGCUGAGCAAGCCCGCCACCCUCAACCAGUACGUCAGCACAGUGCCUCUGCCCUCCAGCUGUGCCAGCGCUGGGGCCCGCUGUCUGGUCUCUGGAUGGGGCAACACCAGUGGAAGUGGCAAUUACUAUCCAAUCAAUCUCAGAUGCCUGGAAAUCCCUAUCAUAAGUGAUAGCACGUGUGCGGACACAUAUCCUGGUGGUCAGAUCACGGACAACAUGUUCUGCGCAGGUUACAUGGAGGGUGGCAAGGAUUCCUGUCAGGGUGAUUCUGGUGGCCCUGUGGUGUGUGAUGGCAAGCUGCAGGGGGUCGUGUCCUGGGGUUAUGGGUGUGCUCUGAAGGACAAGCCUGGAGUCUACACCAGGGUUUGCAAUUAUAAUUCCUGGAUUGCUGAAACCAUGGCUAUGUAA